AGGACCAAAACCAUAUGUGACUGUAGAUGAAAAAGGAGAACGAGUCUAUAAUUGUGACACAUGUGAUGCAACUUUGGAUAACAACCAGCUGUUUUUUACUCAUAUGAAGAAACACCAUGGACCAAAUCCAAUGAGGUGUACUAUAUGUCCACACAAAUCUUCAUCUUUCUAUAAUUGGACAGAACAUAUGAUGUUCCAUAGAGGAGAGAAGCAUUAUAUUUGUGAAGUGUGUGGUGAGACGUUAGCAUGCAGAAAAUCAUUUAAGAUGCAUACUAAAAUACAUUCAAAAACUAUAACAGGCAUUUGUGAUAUAUGUGGUAAACUGUUUAGUGAUACCUUUGAUUUGAAUGUGCAUAAAAGUCGACAUAGUAAUAUUAAACCUUUUAUGUGUAAUCAAUGUGGGAAAGCAUUUCAGCAUAAAUCCAUUUUGACAACACACUUAAAAACUCAUGAGAUGAAAUUUGUUUGUCAGACAUGUGGAAGAAGCUUUGGACGAAAGGAUAAUAUGAAAGUACAUGAGAGGAUCCAUACUGGCGAGAGACCCUAUGUUUGUCAUUAUUGUAACGCAUCUUUCACCCAGAUGUCUUCCUUAUCAAGUCAUAGUAAAACCUGUCAUAUGAACAAAGUUAAAUAAACAGGAAUCUACACUGGCUGUGUGUCAAUCUCAAUAUUGUGGCGCAUCUUUCUCUUGUAUGUCUUAUUAAACAUUACAUUUUUAUUAUUAUUUUUUCCACAAGUUGUAAUAAGAUUUUAGUAAGUCAAGAAAUGUCAUAGAUAAAAUAACUUGGAUAAGUGAUGUGUUUAAAGUUCUAUUUUCAAUUGAAUCAUUUAUUUAUGUUAUACAUGUAUACUGAAACUUAAUAUGGCAAUUUCCAAUGUGGUAUUCAACAUUCCAUUAUUAAUUUUUU